AUGUCGAAAGCUCUAAGAAUCCUCGUCCCCAUCAAGAGGGUCAUAGAUCCUCAAAUCAGGCCAAGAAUCAACGCAGCUGCUACCGCUGUGCAGAAAACUGGUGUUCAGUUCAGUGUUAACCCAUUUGAUGACAUUGCUGUUGAAGAAGCCGUCAGAAUAAGAGAAGCCAAGAAGGUUGCAGUUGAAAGCAUUCAUGCCGUUUCUAUUGGUCCUGCUAAAUCGCAGGAUUCUCUAAUCACAGCACUAGCAAAGGGUGCUGACUCCGCUACUUUGGUCGAUGCUAAGGAUAAAGAACUUGAACCACUGGCUGUGUCGAAGAUAUUACAAAAAAUAGUGGAAAAGCAGAAGUCGAAUCUUGUUAUUAUGGGUAAGCAGGCCACAGAUGAUGACAGUAACAACACUGGACAAAUGCUUGCGGGUCUCUUGGGGUGGCCACAAGCCACUAACGCGGCCAAGGUGGAAAUCGACGAGGCCAACAUGAGAGCCAAAGUCACCAGAGAGGUCGAUGGAGGAGAAGAGGUCGUCAGUGCUGCAUUGCCACUGGUGGUUACUACUGAUCUGCGUCUGAACACACCUCGUUAUGUGACCCUACCAAAUAAAAUGAAAGCUAAGAAGAAGCCCAUGGAGAAGACCACUAUAGAAGCAUUCACAGAUAUCGACCUAGAACCAAGACUCAAGGUCCUCAGAGCCGAAGAGCCCCCAGCAAGACCUGCCGGUGUAAAAGUGGGCUCUGUAGAUGAACUUGUAGCUAAGCUAAAAGAAGUUAAGGCUAUUUAA